UCUCAAGCAACUUUAUUAAUAAACCCAUCAACAGGAAAAGUUCUUGCCAUUGCUUGAUGCAAAGGGUAAGACACAGUUUCUGAGUUUUCCUCCCUCUGACUCUCUUGCUGUCGGCAUUUAGGUUUUAGCUAGCUAAGCCAUGGGAAGGGCUCCAUGUUGUGACAAAGCUAAUGUGAAGAAAGGGCCAUGGUCUCCAGAAGAAGAUGCAACUCUCAAGGGCUAUCUUCAGAAUUAUGGCACUGGUGGAAAUUGGAUGACUUUGCCUACAAGAGCUGGCCUAAGGCGAUGUGGCAAGAGUUGCCGUCUACGAUGGCUCAAUUAUCUCAGGCCAGACAUCAAGCAUGGAGGUUUUACCGAAGAGGAAGACAACACUAUCUGUACCCUCUAUAGCCAAAUGGGAAGUAGGUGGUCUUUCAUUGCAUCUCAACUACCUGGAAGAACAGACAAUGAGGUCAAGAACCAUUGGAAUACCAAAUUGAAGAAGAAGUUACUGACAAAAAACAAUGAGAAAAGCCCUCCUAACAAUCCAACUCUAUAUGGCUCAACACCAACAACAUCACUGAUUUGUGUCCCAAAAGCUGAAACUUAUAGUUUUGGUAUUUCAGCUUCACAAUCUCAAAACCCCACUGAUGUUAUUCCUCGUCUAUCCACUAAGUUUAAUAGCUUAAGUUCGGAUCCAAUUCCACUAUAUUGCCCGGAACUCAUCGAUGUUUCAGAAGUUGGUGCAAGUUCAAAGAACAGUACUUAUGCUGUUUCAUUGUCCCAAGAAAGUUCAUGCAUUUCAAAUUCCUCUUCAAAUGGUUUGGUCACGAGUGUCCCAAUGGCUGGAAAUGUUGAGGUCGAAGAUUCUAAGGCUUUAGUGGAUUUCAGCUUUGGAUCUCCUUAUGGUCUAGGCAAUAGCUUAUAUUUGGCUGAUUUUACAUAUCCUGAAUAUUGAGCCACCAGGACUUGUUGAGGGUGUUAUUAUAGACCAGUACUAGUGAGAAAGCUGGAGCAACCUCAAUUUGUCCUUAAAAUGUAGGCAAUUAAGAUUUAAGACUAGUUUUAGCUAAUAUAAAGCUCAAAAUCCGGGCAAGGAGAAAACGCCUUUUCAUUGUAAUUAAAGGCCAUGUUUUAGGAACAUGUAAUGUAAAUCAAAUUUCAAUUCAAGUAAAAGAGUAAAAUAUUUAGACA